UUCUUUAGAUGUCUCACGACAGCGCUCUCUUAUCUAUAUAACCAAAAUAUCCGACAUAAGGACAUUAAGCCCAAGAAUAUUCUCGUUAAGAGUAGUAAGGCGCUUUUCAUAGACUUUAGACUCUCUUUAGAUUACACAGAUUUAACACGGAGCACCACUAAAGGGCUAACCGCUCGGAUACUACGCUACUACGCCCCUAAAGUAGCAAGCUCCUCUCCUCGAAACAAGUCCUCUAACGUUUAGUCGCUAGGCUGCGUGUUUUUAGAGAUAAUAACCUUGCUGAAAGAGGAGUUAGUUAAAGAUUUAAGAACCUUUCUCGAAGAGAACGGA